GGGAGAACCCCCCACGGAUGCAAGGGAAGGUAAAGAAAAAAAGAAAAAAAAAGACCUCCCAUCAUCCAUCCAGCUCUUAAGCAACACCUUGGAGGCAGCUUCUCGCCUCACCUCAAGAAAAUCCUCCUUUUUUUUUUUUUUUUUAAUCAUUCAUGGUGAAGCCCCGAGGAGAGAAAAAAAACCCAGCAAUGUCGAAUCACUUGUCGUGGUGAAUAAUUCAGGGCGACUGUAGGUGGAGGCGAGGAUUUCCUUCAAUGUAGCCUCCAUUCCUUCCCAAGGCCGCUCAUGCUGAAGAAGACCGGCUUGCAAAAAAAAUAUAUAUAUAUAUAUUUUUUAAAUAAAGCAAAAGGUAGAAACAUGUUGCCUUCCCAAGAAGCCUCCAAGAUCUACCACGGCAACUACAACUACAACUACAACCCGCGGGCGGUCGGCGUGCUGUGGGCCAUCUUCACCAUCUGCUUCGCCAUCGUCAACGUGGUGGUCUUCAUCCAGCCCUACUGGAUCGGCGACAGCAUCAACACGCAGCAGGCAGGCUACUUCGGCCUCUUCCACUACUGCGUGGGCGCGGGGCCCUCGUCCAGCCGGGAGCUCACCUGCGUGGGCAGCUUCUCCGACUUCGGCUCCAUACCCUCCGGAGCCUUCAAGGUGGCCUCGGUGUUCGUGCUGCUCUCCAUGGUGCUGAUCGUGGGCUGCAUCGCCUGCAUGGCGCUUUUCUUCUUCUGCAACACCUCCACCGUCUACAAGACCUGCGCCUGGAUGCAGCUGCUGUGCGGAGUAUGCCUGGUCCUGGGCUGCAUGAUCUUCCCCGACGGGUGGGAUGCAGAGGUGAUCCGCGACAUGUGCGGGGAGCACACGGGGAAAUACUCCCUGGGCGACUGCUCCGUACGCUGGGCCUACAUGUUGGCCAUCAUGGGCAUCCUCAACGCCCUGGUCCUGUCCUUAAUGGCCUUCGUCCUGGGCAACCGGCAGAACGACUUCUACCUGGACGACCUGCAGACAGACAACAAAGAUUUUGCUGUGUCGAGGAUCGAGGUCCGGGACAGAAGAGAGCCGAGGUAUGGAGUCCAACGCCUUCACUGAGGAUCGCACUGGACAUCUUCACCUCUCCUCCUCCUCCUCCUCUCUUUCUCUUCCUCUCUCCAAUGAUCAGGAUAUCACCCAAGGUCAAUACAGAAACCAAAUGUACAGGCUUCUGUGAAAUAAACAAAAACAACACUGGGAUAAACUAUAUUUCGAGGGAGAGGGGGGAGAAGAAAAACGUUGUACAGUGCAUUUAAGACUUGACUUUCUCAACAAAUACCUUUACGCCGUGGGGAGAAACAACAUAUUUACAUUCUUGACUUUGUCCCGGGGGAACUUGUUGGAUUUUGUUAUUUUUUCUCACCUUAUUUAUUUAUUUAUUUUUUUUAUAAAUACAUCCUGGGAAGAAAUCAUUGAGAGUCCCUGUUGGGGUUAAAACAACAACAACAACAGCACCCCAGCAUAGCAGCUUUACUAACAUCUCUGGGAGAUUCUCUACUGUAAAUAACGAUGUAAAUAACAUUACUGCUGAGCGAUAUAGGAGGAAAAUUACAAAAAAAAAAAAGGUCACUCCUCGCAACUGACUUAGGAAAACCAGAAAUGACCUAAAAACCAAAAUGUGACCGAGUGCGAUUAUAACGACGCGCAAAAUCCAGCUUUCGCCGGUCAGGUGAUUCUGCAGACUGCGGCAUCAUCGGGGAGGCCAAAAAAGUGCUGCAGAUGUCACUUUGGACGCCUCAUUGGACAAGCAACUGUGCCUGCAGGUAUCAUUAAUUAACGCUCGGAAGGAAAACAAAGGAGUCGGCGUCAGCAUACUGUACAAAUAAAGUACCUGCUGUAGGAAACUCUCUGAGCGAUGCUGGAUUUAAUGUCGAUAAAAAACACUUAAUUAUAGGUGUCUUCAUACUGUACAUUUUCUGUACUAAACUAAAUAAUAAGAAGGGUGAAACGGAUAUUGCCAAAUCAGCACAUUUCACAAUACACUUAUUAUACAUUUUUCUUGCUAUCAAUAUGAGUUACAGCUAUUUAAAAAGCAGCAGCACUUUGCCCAAAAUUGAGUCGACAAUUACGGUUAAAAUCAGUUCUAAGUAAUGUUCGAUUUUUAAACUUUUUUUAAAACCUUGCACAAACUCGCAAUUCAGAUUUUUUGAGGUACAAAAAGAACAAAUUAAACUCACAUUCCGAGGCACCACUGCAAAUAAUAAAGUGUAUCCGACAAAGCGUUACAUCAUCAGUGACCUGUUUACACACGAUCAAUAAAGCCUUUAUAACUGUAUCUAUACUGUACUGUAAAAUGGUUGAUUCAGACUGCAUACAAAAGGAAUAUACAACAUCAUUCAUAGCCCAUAUAAAUGAUCAAAUAUAUUAAUGUGUGAAUAAACAGCAUUACUAAAUGUUUACAAAUGUGUUUUUAAGCCUUUAUGAACUGUACUAAUAUUGCAGAAGGGUUAAUUUACACUAUAUUUAACCCUGAUUUUGGCCUUGUGUACAAAAAGUAAAACAAAGAUAUAAGUAGGUAACGUUUAGGACAGGGGUCGGCAACCUUUGACACUCAAAAAGCCAUUUUGACCUGUUUAUAUUCCGGGGAUAACAAAUCCGCACAACAGCAUUGAGGGAGUGCCGUGAUAGAGUCUUUUAA